GGUUCAGUACUUCAGUAGUUAUAAACACUAUUGAAAUCAUUGAAGAUCUUUUAACUGUUUUCCGGGUCUUGUCUUGUUAUUAAAUGUCAAUUAUUAAUUGUUGUUGUUGACUUUCGGCUGGUCUACUUGUCUACUGUUUAACGACAGUCAAUUACAAUUAAUUCAUAUUAGUGUAUUAUUAAAAAAAAAACCAACAGUGUCGAAAAAUGGCUAAAAUUUUAGGAAUCGUUUCAAAGUUUUAUGAUGAUUAUACGAAGACAACACCUAAAAAACUUAAGAUAAUCGAUGCUUAUUUAUUGUACAUAAUGUUGACUGGAAUCGUACAGUUUGCAUACUGUUGUUUAGUAGGCACAUUUCCGUUCAACUCGUUUCUCAGUGGUUUUAUUUCAUCAGUUAGCUGUUUUGUACUCGGUGUAUGUCUGCGAUUACAAGCAAAUCCACAAAACAAAGCACAAUUCAGUGAUAUAAGUCCAGAACGUGGAUUUGCUGAUUUUAUUUUUGCACAUAUUGUACUUCACUUAACUAUUGUAAACUUUAUAGGUUAAAAAGUUAAAUUCAACAUUCAGGUUAAAAUUAAAAUGUAUUUUAUUGCUCCAUUUUUUUUUUUUUUUUUAAU